AUGGCGCGCCCCGGGCACGCCAUGCGCCGCUCCGGCCGAGGAGGACUGUUUGAAGAUGCCCCAAGGAAACUAUCAUUUAAUUUGUUGGUUGUUAUAUUGGCUCUGGAAUUUAUCAGUGAGACCAAUUUGAUUGCCAAAACAUUGGCCCUAAAGGCUGACACUCCUGCUAUGCCUCCUUCACAAGGAUGGGGUCCAGUUCGGACCAUGUUGUCCCAAACCAAAGUUGGCACAAGUGUUGCAAUGCAUCAGCAUAGGCAAAAGAAGCUAUAUUCAUCGCCAUCUGCUCUGUCAUCUGUGCAUCCUCCUAUCUCCGCACCGAGUUAUAGCUCCAUCUCUGGUGCUUCUGACCUCUCCUUGUAUUCCUUGGACCUGUUCGAUCCUUCGCUGCAGCAUAACAGGCGCUUAGCAGAAGAUGUUCCUGCUCAUGAAAAUGCUGCACCCCCUGAUGCAGCUUCGAAUACUAGUGCAGCUCCUUCUGGAUUAGUACAGCCCCCAAUAUCUCCACACGAUGGCUGUUGUGCUCCAAACAUGGUACAAAGACGAGGGAGCCAGGACUGCCAUUGUGUUUACCCAGUUAGAGUUGAGCUCUUCCUUCACAAUGUUUCCUUGAAUUCAAAUUGGAGCAACGAAUUUCUCGAGGAGCUCGCGUCGCAGCUCAGCUUGCGGGUUACACAGUUUGAGAUUGUAAAUUUCUAUGUUGUUGGAACUUCUGGGCUAAAUAUGACAAUGGACAUAGCUCCCCACACUGGAAAUAGUUUCUCAUCUAAUCAAGUUACUGCGAUGAAUUAUUCUCUUAGCUCGCAUACAGUUCGGAUCAAUCCGGUGCUGGUCGGGGAUUACAAUCUUAUUAAUUUAACGUGGUUCAGGCCAUUGGGUCCAGCUCCUGCUCCAGCAUUCAUGAUAUCACCUAAGGCAUCUCCAUCUACAUCAUCUGCCUUACCAAAAAGGAGUGACAACACCAGCAGUAGCAGGCACUUGAGCCUGAUCACUGUCAUUUGCAUAUGUAUUGGUGCUCUAAUUGGUGUCCUGGUGAUUGUUCUAUUUAUUUGCUUCUGCACAUUUAGGAAUGGAAAGAAGAAGGCGCCUCCUGUUGAAACACCCAAGCAAAGGACACCAGAUGCAGUAUCUGCAGUUGAAUCACUUCCUCGCCCCACAAGUACUAGGUUCCUUGCAUAUGAAGAACUUAAAGAAGCAACAAACAACUUUGAGGCUUCAUGUGUGCUUGGGGAAGGUGGUUUUGGCCGUGUCUUUAAGGGGAUACUAAGUGAUGGCACUGCUGUUGCUAUUAAGAAGCUUACUACUGGGGGGCACCAAGGAGAUAAGGAGUUUCUAGUUGAAGUGGAGAUGCUGAGCAGAUUGCACCACCGCAAUCUUGUGAAACUCAUUGGAUACUAUAGCAACCGUGAAUUGUCACAAAGCCUUCUUUGUUAUGAGCUUGUUCCUAAUGGAAGCCUAGAAGCUUGGCUUCAUGGCUCAUUAGGCGCUGACUGCCCCUUGGAUUGGGACACCAGAAUGAAGAUAGCACUUGAUGCUGCAAGGGGAUUAGCAUACCUUCACGAGGAUUCACAGCCUUGUGUAAUCCACAGGGAUUUCAAAGCUUCUAAUAUAUUGCUUGAGAAUGACUUUCAUGCUAAAGUGUCUGAUUUUGGUUUGGCCAAACAGGCGCCAGAAGGGCGCUUAAAUUAUCUUUCAACUCGUGUUAUGGGAACUUUUGGGUACGUAGCACCCGAGUAUGCAAUGACAGGACACUUAAUUGUAAAAAGUGAUGUAUAUAGCUAUGGAGUUGUUCUACUUGAACUACUUACUGGGAGGAGGCCUGUGGACAUGUCACAAUCUUCGGGGCAGGAGAAUCUAGUCACAUGGACACGGCCAGUUCUUCGGGAUAAAGAUAGGCUACAGGAACUAGCUGACCCCAAGCUUGGUGGACAAUAUCCGAAAGAUGAUUUUGUGAGGGUGUGCACAAUCGCAGCAGCCUGUGUUUCCCCGGAGGCGAACCAAAGGCCAACGAUGGGCGAGGUGGUGCAGUCACUUAAGAUGGUGCAACGCUCCAAGGAGUUCCAGGAAUCUGUACCGACACCGCCCGCUUGUCCUAAUGCCCGGCAUACUGCAACGACCUAUGAAUCUGAUGGCACUUCAUCCAUGUUCUCAUCCGGGCCCUUCUCAGGCCUCAGCCCCUUUGAGACUGAAAACAUGUCAAGAACGGCGGUUUUCUCGGAAGAUCUUCACGAAGGUAGAUGA